AUGGCUAUCAACACGAGGCCCUCUGCACCAGAUCUUCCUGUGAACUUGCUAUCUCUCGAUGGCGGCGGUAUCCGUGGCGUAUCCGAACUCUUCAUCCUCGACGAGAUUAUGAGGCGCAUCCAGAUCUACCAAAACCUCCCUCAAACCCCCAAGCCUUGCGAAUACUUUGAUCUCAUCGGCGGAACCAGCACCGGAGGACUAAUCGCAAUCAUGCUAGGAAGGCUAAAAAUGUCCACCGAAGACGCCCUCCAAAAUUACAACAGAAUCUCCAGCGCGGUGUUCAGCGCCGAGAACAGGAAACCUUUCUACAGCGACGGAAAGUUCAAAGCAACUACAUUGGAGAAGGAGGUCAAGAACGUCGUCCGCCGGGCUGGGUACAGCGACGAUCAGAAGCUGUUGGAUCCCAACGCGGGGAGAAACUCGAAAGGAAACGCGUACGUUCCUAUUCUCUUCUCACAAAAUAUCGCCCUCACCAGUUCCGACAGCUUCGUAUGCUCCAUGACCGGAAUCAACCUCCGGUCUCCUCAACGCUUCCGCACAUAUCAAGGACUCCCCAACCAAGGUCCCGACUGCAAAAUAUGGGAAGCUGCACGUGCCACCACAGCAGCACCAACCUUCUUCAAAGCCAUCAAGAUUGUCGGACCAGGCGGUUUCGGGCCCGAUUAUGUCGAUGCAGGCCUGGGGUUCAACAAUCCCACAAAGGAGGUCCGUGACGAAGCUAAGGAGCUAUUCGGCAGCAACCGACGUAUCGGCGUGUUCCUCAGCAUCGGGACAGGCCAUCCAGGCCCUAGCGGGUUCCAGCAGCCCAAAGGGAUAGAGAAGGUCCUCCCGUUGGAGCUCAUCCGGGUCUUGCAGCGUAUCACGACAGACUGUGAGAGCGUAGCGGACGAACUGGCCAAAGAAUACAGUGGUGAUGGUGUGUACUUCCGGUUCAACGUUCUCCACGGCGCCGAGGGAGUGUAUUUGGACGAGUGGAAGAAGAUGAGCGAGGUAAUGGCGCAUACGGCUUCAUACUUGAGAGGGCCGGAGGCUUCAACGCAGAUUGAUAGGGUCGUAGCUUGUCUCUGUCGUGUCGGAGUCGGACAAGGAAAGACGUUGGAUUCGUUGUAG